UGGAAUCCUUGAUAGUGUAAAUGGACACCACACUACACGGGUGCACAGUCCAAGAUAGAACGCACAAGGCUGCAGUACGAUCUAAAAUCGCCGAUUACCCGAAUGGUGAAUCCAAAAGUCUUAAAGGGUUUCGUACCAUAUAACGGAACUGUUUAAUGACUCGGUGGAAUUUGUCAACUGGAUAGUGGAAUAUGGAAAGUUUGAUUCAUUUAGGGGAAUUUUACACGUCGGUUGUGGAAUGUGUUCUUCCACUUUUUCUAUUGCUUUUUACUACUUGAACUCUAUGUGGUUUGUACUGUUAGUUACUCAUUCCUUUACCCUUCAUGCAAACAUCGUACUGCUUGUCAAAUGUGUUCCAGAGUUUCUUCCUUUGCGUUUGUCCUUUUUUGUGCGCUGUUUUUCUGUCGAGCGUUUGGUUCAAUCCUAUCAAUCAGCUGCAAAAUGUAACUGGAUUGUUAGAUUACACUACCACACACUGUAAUUCAAAUUCAAACCGAGUUUAUGUGGAAAUGUGUAGGAAAUGUUGUUUAAAUUACUUCUUUCUCAUUCCACAGCUGAUUGCAAAAUUUCACAGAUGCGUUGCAAAUUUCCCCUAACUGAAAGCAACAUCCCAUUGUAUGAUUGCAGCUUUUCGCAACGGUAUUGCAAUAUUUCACUAUUCAGUUGAAACAUUCCUCCGCGUGCUUCAUAGGUGUCAUUGUAUGGUUUAAAACCCUGCUUUGGUUUUCGGUAUGACUUCAUUAACAUGUGCUUUGAAGUUUAGCAUGUAUGGUUAUCAGUAGUUUGUUUUGAAAUACCGUUUAUGUAAUGCUUUUCGUUUAUGUGUUGACGCUGCCCAGUGGCAGAGGCGACAGCGCUACCAGUCUUCACACGACGCGAAAAUCGGGGUUCAAAUCCCACCUGGACCGUUUAUCCUUAGUGAGGACUAACUAUUCAACCACGUGGUAUUAAGAAGUCUAGUAAGCUAGAAAUGGCAGACAUGGCUGAUGACGAGGUCGUUAAGCCACUAAGAAGAAUAAUGUUUCACUUAGAAAAUAUUGACAAAAAAAAAUAUAUAUAUAUAAAAAACCCAAAUGACAAUACGGCUUCAAGCCGUCAUAACAAAUAUAUAAAUAAACAAAAAAAACAAAACAAAUAGAAAGGCUCAAUUAAUUGGCCUUACAUAUCAAAACAUCAGCUUGAAUUUUUGCAAUAGUUUGCUACACAGCCACAAGGACGUAUGUUUCGAGGGAACGAACCACAACACACUUAUACUGAGACACACUCACUACCGGUUCGGCCGUUAGAAAAGGUCAAAACAUUUGAUUUCUGCCAGUAGCACGGUGUGUGUACGAGCUUAUCAGCGCGCAGUGACUUUGGCACUAGACAAGAAAUAGAUAAGAAACCGAUUAGAAUUUGCGAUAACACGGGGCAUUGAUUUUUGGCUAACCGAAUUGGGCCCAUGCCAUUCACACCGUUACCGCAGGCCAGUCAACAAGUGACAAUUACAAUUGAUCACUCCGAGCGACGAAAACAUUAAGAUAAAGCAAUCCAGAUUUGUUAAGAAUAAACGGGUUUUCGUUAGCAGCAGCAUCCCAGCGGCCCGACAGUGUGUUGUGUAACAAUAAGUGGGCUAGCGAUUAAAUCCUGUGCCUAGAAGUGUAGCAAGCGCACGAUGCAUGAAUGAUGAGUGUGGUAUGAAUGUAAUGCCCGUGUGUAAGUGAUAACUUGAAUCGCAGCUUGUCACAGAAUCAUAAUCGUUGAUGGCUAUGUAGGAUCAUGUUUAGAAUAUAACUGUAUACACACGCGCAAUUAAAAUGGACACAAAUAGGAGACACUACAAGAAAAAUCCCGGAUCCGGUACGGAAGGAUACUUGAACCAGCUGCGUCUAUCGACGCUGUAUUUCUCGCGUCUAGCUGCAAGUGGCAAGCGGUUUGAGAUAGGCGUCGAAGUGGCAGUGGCUGGCAAAUUCGACGACAUCGUAAUGCACCUGGUAGACGAACAGCAGUACUGUCUGGUGCAGGCCAAACACAAGCAAGAUGAAUCGAAGCGCAUCAUUCUGGACGAUUUGCUAAAAACGACCACCGAGUACAGUUUGCCCAAGUAUUUCGAUUCGUUUCUCGGGCUAAGACAGGAAGAGAUAUUUCAAGCCGGCCGGCUGAAGUAUAUUGUUAUCUACACCAACCUCAAGGUGGACGAAAACGUCAUGAAAGUUAUCGAACCGGUCGAGCCGGCGGCGGAUAUUUUUCUUCACACGCUGAACGUACGCUGCCGGGGCAAAGAAUCGUCGCUGUAUCGGUUCAACACAGGCUGCGGUGAGUUCAUCGAGCAGCUAAUUGAUCGCAUUUCCCCGAUCUGUGAGGUCGCCCGCAAGCUUGCCGAGCAGCUGGUACAGCGGAAGAAAAUUUCAAUCAAUCCGAAUGGCAUAUUUCACGACUUCCAUGCUCUGCUCGUGCGCGACGUGUUUGACCUGGAGCGGCAACUGUUUCGCGAAUCGUUUCUGGCGGACGUGGAGGGCGUUGAUCCUUGCGUACAGAAGUUUCGCUUCCUGCUCGAGCGAACGUUGCGCUCCAUCAUGAAGAGUGACGAUUUUAGCAUUACCGAGCUUAAUCGAUUAAUCGUUAAUGGCAGGCUGAAGCUGUUGUUCGAGCCCGGGUUCCUGUGCAGAACCAUCAAUCAUCAAGCGAAACCUACCAAGGACUGGAUAGACUACAGAGUGCAACGGGCCGAGGUGAUAAAUUUCUUCGACCAUCUCUUGCUGGCUACCGAUCAGCCGAAUUUUAUCGAGCUGGAAGCCAUCACAAAAGUGGAGGUGUUCGGGCUGAAGGAGCAGGUGGACGAAUACAUGCGCGCCGUGUUUGACCAGGUGGACCGAUGGAUACGCGAUUCGGAGGGACAGUUUCUUAAUGCAAACGACUGGCGGCUUAUCUGCAGCAACUCGAGGGCGCGUAUUGCGGGCAAGAAAUGGUUGCUAAAGUCGGAGGAAUAUCAGAAGUCGAAUCCUGCCACCUGGUACGUGUUCGAGCGAAAUACCCUGCUAGCGCCCAUCGAACAGUUCCUGGCUACGGUGAACCAGCACAGCAUGCUUGUGAUAGCUCCGUACAAUGCGGAAGUCAGCGCUUCCAGAGUAUUGCAGGCUCUGAUGACACUGCGCGAGCAGUUCAUGGUGUUCGAUGCGCACUGCUUUCACGACUUUGAGGAUCUUGAAAGUUGUGCGUUGUUUCUGAAGAAUGUGUCCAGCAAGGUGAUGGUUAUCGUGUCCAACGACAAGUGCUGCCGGACCGCUGUUAGGAAUGCACGGCACAAGUUUAACGGGUUCACGAACUUAAAAACCAUUUACGUUGCCUCCAAUGCGCAGCAGGAGUAUUUUGCCGAGAAAAUCGAGUGUAUACAUUGCGAUCGGUUUGAGCUAGGCGACAUGAGUCGACAAUCGCGGCAAAAGCUGCUGGAAAAGAAAAUUAUUCUACAGCAACGUAGUGUCCGGUUGCAUGAUCUCCUGUCGGAGGAGGUUGCGCUGCAAUUGCUAGACAUGGAGUUUAUUUCUCAGCUGCUGCUGAAUCAGGUCGAACCCAUCGUGUACAGCUUUAAGUAUCAGUGUCAACUGAAGGGACAAUAUUUUAGCCGAUCGCUUGUGAGCGAUCACAGCGUCAUUGACGAAAAUGAGUUCGAUCAGCUGCUGACGGUCAACCGAGCUGUGAUACUGUCCAAUGUACCGGGCAUGGGAAAAACUACCUUUCUGGAGAUGUUUAUCGAUCGGCUCUUUAGUUCGCUACCGGAUCAUGUGAUCUGUCUUAUGCACCUGAAGUUUUACACCGAAACGCUGGAAGAGAUUACCAAGCUGGAUGCUCGUACCAUCAGCGUGGAAGAUGCGAUCCAUCACGCUACGAAGUGUUUUUUUGCCGGUAGUACUCGACUGGGUCAGGUGCUGUUUCGCAACGCAAUUCUUAAUACGGGCAAGUUGAUCGUGCUGGUCGAUGGGUACGAUAGCGUAAUUAAUCGUUACAAAAUAUCGGUUGAAAAGGCUUCUGCACUGUUCCUUCAACAUCCGUUUCGCAUGCGAAAUUUGCUGAUCUCCACACGACCACACGAAACGGAACACCUGCAGCUGUCACUGCCGGAGGCCAGAGUAGUUUCAUUGCUACCGUUCAACGUCCAUCAGUGCGUAGAGUUUCUCACCCGGUGGUGGAAUUACAGCACUCACCUAGAGGCGAGCAAUUUGUUGCAGUAUCUGCAGCAUCAUUACGCCGACUGGAUCGUCGGCAGUCCGUUCCAGAUCAAACUUUUGGCCGAGAUUUACCAAGAAGAUAGGACAAUCAUCAGCAACUUUGGAGCUUUGCUGGAACGCUAUUUGGAGAAACAGUUUCAUGAAUCUAAUCAGCGUGCGAUACAGGUGAUGGGUAUUGGGCAGCAACGCAUGGCCGCCGAAACGCUUAAACAGGCCGCUCACGAGGGCCAUUGUGAGCUAGCGGCACUGUUAACCUUUUUCCCGGAGGCAAAGAUUGACAUGCCAAAGUUUGUCUUUCUGCUCGACAUUGGUUUGAUAGUGCUGGAAGACAAUCGGAUGCGAUUUGAGCACCGUCUGUUUCAGUACUACUUCGCCGCAGAAGCAUUGAUGAAGGGCCGGCCGGCUGCAUAUGGUGAUGAGCGGAUAGGGCAAAUUUUGGACGAUCCUGCAAACACCCAUCUGUUUAAGCUUCUCAUGUACCAUCUAGGCAAAUCGAAAAAUGCACAGUAUCGCGAACAUUUCCAUAGGGUUUCACUCACUCAAGGGCAACAACAUAUCACAUCCAGCAAUCGUUAAUCAAAUCAACAACAAAUGAGGACAUAAAUUUUGACCCUUUGCACUUCCGCUGCAGCACCACCGCUCGAGAGCGGUCUUGGUAUGCCGGCAAAUGCCGGGGCUGUGGUAUGAAAUGUGCUAUGCCACCGCCGUGGGGAUGAUCAAUAAAUAGUAUAAAGAAAUUUUCAUGUCCUGCUUAAUGGCAACAUCAAUCAUUUCGGAAGGAAUUUUCUAAUUACAUCGCUCUACGUGUACCGGCAAUUAGUGUACAAUCGCACCCGGAACUGAGGAGAAAAGCGAUAGAAAAAGGAGGAAAGGGAUAAGAGGAACCCGGACAGCCAGGAGUCCCACGGUGCCGAACUCCUGGUACAGUGUGUUGCAUCACUGCAGUGGAUGUAAGAAAAAGGGAUGCAGUGUUAUCACUAGCUACCAGCCGUUGGAAGCUAGCUGUUUCGGUGUUCCUGGGUGUGGUGUGAGUUGUUGUUCUCAUUAAGAGCAUUGUUAAGACGCUGCAGCAAAGAGAGUUUAUACUUUGAUAAAUUAUGUCGUCCUUCAGCGAUAAACUGCAGGCAUGCCUUAACAGGUAGCAAUCAUUACCUACCAAUACAGUCAAAAUGGGAGUGUAGCUCUCUUGGACGUUUAAGCAUGGAUGGUUUAAGAGAAUGCAGUGAAGUUUACGUCUUGUGAAUACGUUUUGUUUUUAGCAAUAUAAAGAAAGAGAAUCACCUCGCAUUAGCUAACAUUUGGCUACAAACUCCGACAUGAUCAACCUUUGAAAGGCCAGUAAAAAACAAUAGCUGUAAGAGACACAUCGUUUUCUGUGCGUAGAACUGAAUGUAACAAAUAAUGUUUAUAAAGUUGUAAGGAUUUCGAUGAGAAGUGUAAAUAACGAAUUACGGUAGUAUCGAACGCGUUUGAACCUCAGAUAUGUUAAGAUUUGAAUAGUUCUGCUUUUGGCACUUCGGGAGGAGGAGCCUCUAAUUUCUUGACAAGCUUCCUUAGGCGUUGUUGUCUUUCGUUGCUGGAUAGUCAGUCCUACGUACAGGCAAACGAUCCAUAUAGAAAAUAUAACAAUUUUAACGUAAUAAAAAAUAGGUUCUUAAGUAAUAUCCUAAAUUUUUCCAGGUUUUACUCAUCAUAUAACAAUUUUGUGUGUUGCAGUUUUAAAUGUGCAAAUUAGCAGAAUUAAUAGGCAUAUACUAAUUGUAACUAUUAUAGAAAAUCAUAUGGGGAAUCCGUUAUUGUUUGAGCACGCGGAAAUGAUAGCUCCUGGUAAAAUAUAAAUUUUCCUUAAAUAUUGCCAAAUAUUGGCUUUCAUACUUUUACGACAAAUAUGAAAAGGAGAUCUACCAACGUCUCUGUACAGCGGCCAAAAGAUAUGUAAAUUAAUAUUCAUAUGUGACAACAGGGCAUUCCUUUCAAAAGGCAAUGCGAAUUGAAGUACUGUUUAAAGAGAACAUAUUUUCCGGGAGAACACCUGGUUCUUGAUGUCUAACGAAGCUGGAAACUUCAUAAAAAAUUGGACCUUGCACGUACCUGCUCCUUGCGCCCCAUGUCUUUGAGAUGAGCUUCUUAAAUUAGUCUAUAACGUACAUGUAAUGUCCGAUUUGAUUGUCCAGCACAUAUAUGUGAUGAUGAUACAUAAAAGUCCAGCAGGUUCCAUCCGGGGAACUGGAAGCUGCAAAAGUGUUUAAAGGUGUGUUCGAAUAUGAAACAAAAAAGACAGAUAAAUUUCCCUCGACACCAAGGUUUUGCGAUGUUCAUAUGGAAACCGUAGGAGUCACGAUUUGCUGGGGAGACAAUCAUCCCCAGAACCUCGUUCUUAUAGUGUCAGGCGUUAAUUUUCACGUAUGUUUUACUAUAAACAGUGCGAGCUUUCCACGUCUAGCUACAGUCGCGGAAUUUUUUUAACUUAGGACCUGGGGAUGCUGGCCAAUGUCGGCGCUCACAGCCGAUUAUUGGAUACUGUACUAAGUGCAUCAACAAUCUUAUCUGCUGGUAAUUGAAAAGAAUAUUUUUUGUCAGCAUCCGUCUAGUAUUUAAUAACCUCUUUAGCACUUCAACCGCUAAUGUUGCCACUCAUUUAGUGCACGAGAAAAAUUCGUACCUAUAGCACUGCUACUACUAGGUAGAUGUCAUGAGUUCAACUCAUUUGACUCUUUCUUCUGCUUCUUCUAUUGUUAUUCUAAACUUGAAGUUUUUAAAAGUAUUUUGCCUUUUCAGGCAUCAUUGACUUAGUUAUCCCCUUAAAAGAUGGUUUAUCCGUAACUUGAGUUGGUUUUCCCUAAGCGUUUGGUUCACUAGCUCCUACAUGAUCCCCGUUUCCCCGUCCUAUCGUGUGAAAGAUCGGCGCUGGUAUUCGAUUGUACGCGAAAAUACGGUUUUCAAGCGACAACCAAUUAUUUUAUAAACCAUAUCAAUACUAUCCCUGCUGCUUCUCCAUUAGACCUGUGCCAACGAUCAUAACAGUUAAUAGUGCAAUUAAGAAUUUUUUAAACGCUGUGUGACGUUUUCGAAUAAUUGCUACCAGGUCGUUGUGACACAGUUUCAAUUUUUUUUCUUAAGUUAUUGUGGCUUUACGUUAGUUGAUCACUGGUGGGUAGCAGGUUCUGUGUCCAAAUGCUGUAGACUUUGAUGUUAACAAGGAAUAAAUAAUCAUCAAUCAGUGGUUCUUGAGAGAUCCACGAGCGAGAUGAGAUUGGUUGAACGCACUGUAAACAUGGAACAGUGAAUCACUGUCAUUUGUUGAAUGUACAGCACAGUGUUAUUGGCGAAACGUUCAUCAUGUCGAAAAAUUAAAUUUAUCACAUAAAAUAAAACACGCCUUUCCGCGGUUUCCUAAGCAAUCUGUUUUAGAAUCGUUCUACUUGAUGCAACACAAUUUUGUCCACCUACUAUGACAGUGUUUGGACCCGAUGGUGAAUUUACAAAGGGGCAAUACUGAAAGCAAUACUUUUGCCGACGUAGACAACAGGCAGGUUUGAGAUAGCACACUUUCCUCAAAAACAAAGGGAUGAACCACUGACCGUCGCUUUUCGUUUACAUUUGCUGUUGCACUAAGUGCUUCUUAGUUAAACAAUUGCCCGAUCAAAUGUGAUUGGUUGUUGUCAGUCGGGCACUCUCAGAACGUGCUUUCAACGGAUGCCGAUUACGAAACGCACAUAUAAAUUAUUACUUCGAACAAAUGGCCUAAUGAAUUGUUCCUUGAUGGUGUGGUGUGCAGCGUGUGAUUGUUCAGCUUGCUAGCCUUAUAUUGAGCAUGUUUUAAAACAACUGCAAGUGUUUUAGUAAGUUAUAGUUUAGUAAGAUUCAGUGGAAUAAUUUUCUAAACGAGAAUGUAGCUUGGGUAGAGCAUUGAAUUAGAGUCUUAGCUUGACGUAUGUUUAUGCUCACUCUACUAAGAACUUUCCGCAACGAAAGCCACAAACAUCAUUCUUACAGUGGUUAGCUCGUAGACGAACUUUUAAGAAACACCGAACAAGUUUAAAUGGCUGGAAUAGACGUUUUGGAUUGAGGUGUGGCAAGUUUCUUAAACACACAUUCUGUACAGAAAUGCAAAACUUGGGGAGCUUGUUGAUACUCGAGCUGGACGUACUUGACGGAAAGAACCGCCAUCACAGAGUGGUUCAAAAUAUUAUAAAAUAAAUUAAUUAUAGUUAAAUGCCUUGGAGUGGUUGAUAUAUCUGGUCACGUGCCUUGUUUUAUUAUUAUUCUAUUCGUUAUAAAAUUUACACAAACAACCCCUUUUUGGGUAAGAAAUUUGAGACAAAUUCGGGCUUAGACUUCGAUGCCGUUCCCUGGCGUCCGUCGCAGUAGUGAGAAAAGUAAAAUAGUGCGAAGUGAUCGUCAUUCAUACACCGCAAACAUAAGUUUAAGCACUAUUUAUGCUUCUGAGGUGUAGUGUGCAAGAGAUUUUGUUUCCCUUUGCCCGCACAGUUCCAACCUGUCCCAAGCUAUUAGGAUUUGUUGGCGAAGUUUGCAGUCAUUUGAUUAUUGGGCUUGGACGCAACGUGCAUGCAUGCAUGCAGACGGCAACGGAGAUCCGAUUUACCGGCGUAUGGUGAAACUUUCCUCGCAACUCGUUUCAAUGCAAUUGUCAGAGGCGAAAGUGGAUGCCUUACGGUUGGCUAAAAAUUACUGACGUUAACAUGAACAUUGUUGUUGUUGCACUGUUGGCAGAGCAAUAUUGUUUGCGGAAGAAAAUGGAUUUGCUGGAAUAGGUAAGAGCAAAGCACUAAUUAUGUGAUGAGUGUUAGGCUUACGGGUAUCCAGGAAAGUUUAAAUAAAUCCUUUGAAUGUGUAUUUUUCUUGAGGACGCUAUUCUGAUGUUUAUGGCAUAAGAUGCUAAAUGAUGAGUUUUAAAACAUUUAAUUUCGUGUUCACAUCCCAGAGCCGCUCGGUUACCAUAACCCACUGAAUAGGCUAGCCGUAUAAUCCAUGCUGCAAUUGGAUUAUAAUGAUUUGACAAUUCCCAAAGUUCAUUUUGUCAAUUGCCAUAUUGAAUUUCCAUCCAGAAGAGACAAGAGUAUAUUGCAACAACGAUGUUGCAAAAAAAAAAAAA